GAUCGGAUCAAGAAUUAUCUUUGAACCGUCACGGUUGUGGAGCCAGGAGAACCAUCUCUGUCUUCAUCCUGACAUAUAGACACGGUAAACCAUCGUCAGAAAUUAUUCAAAAUGGGUAUCGUUGAGAAGAUCAAGGAGAUCGAGGAGGAGAUGGCUAGGACCCAGAAGAACAAGGCUACAGAAUAUCACCUUGGUCUUCUGAAGGCAAAGCUAGCUCGAUAUCGGGCCCAGCUUCUCGAACCCGCUUCAAAGUCUGGGCCAGCUGGUGUCGGUUUUGACGUGCAGAAAUCAGGAGAUGCCCGAGUUGCAUUGAUAGGAUUUCCGUCUGUCGGGAAGUCCACCCUAUUAAGUAAAUGCACUCACACCGCGUCCGAAACAGCAGCAUAUGAAUUCACAACCCUUACUGCAAUACCUGGAGUGAUCGAAUACCAGGGGGCACGUAUACAAUUGCUCGAUCUUCCUGGGAUUGUCGAGGGUGCUAGCCAAGGCCGGGGUCGAGGGCGACAGGUUGUUGCUACGGCGAAGACGGCCGAUCUUAUUCUCAUCAUGCUCGACGCAACAAAGUCCGAAGAGCAGCGACGGCUUCUUGAGAUUGAACUCGAUGCAGUUGGCAUCCGCCUUAACAAACGCAAACCUGACGUAGUGUUCAAACGGCGGACAACUGGUGGCAUAACCCUGAAUACUACCGUAAAACUCACCAAGACAGACGAGAAAACUAUUCGUACCAUUCUGGCAGGAUAUAAACUCCACAACUGUGAUGUGAUGAUCCGAGAAGAUAUUACAACCGACGAGUUCAUCGAUGUUCUCAUUGGUAUGACAGCUCUAUGUGUCUAUGCCAAUUACUCAUCUGGUUCGGAAAUAACCAUAGGAACUCGAAAAUAUAUACCUUGUCUAUAUGUUUAUAACAAGAUUGAUGCGAUUAGUCUAGAGUUGGUAGAUAAACUUGCUAGAACAGAGAGUACGGUCGUUAUCAGUUGUGAGAUGGACCUCAAUCUGGACUACCUUAUCGAGCGGAUAUGGGAAAGCCUAGAGCUUGUCAAGGUCUACACGAAGAAAAGGGGUGCACGGCCCGACUUGUCGGAUCCUGUGUGUUUGAGAAAAGGUGCUACUAUCGAAGACGUGUGUUUGGGUAUUCACAAAUCCUUGGUCUCGAACUUCCGCAAUGGGCUUGUCUGGGGGCGUUCAUCCAAGUUCUCGCCUCACGCACAGAAGGUCAGUCUGAACCAUCAGCUACAAGACGAGGAUGUUGUUUCAAUCACAGAUGCUUAUCAGCAGAUGAAAUAA